GAAAAAGAUUCUCCAUCUUUUUCCAAUUACCAGAGGCGAUUCCUCUUCUUCAACAAAUACUUGGCGACUGCCCGGGCCCUUGUCUUAUCGCUCACUGUUGAUCGUACUACGAACGCCUGCUUUCUUAAUUAUACGGUACCGACAGGCUUCAGUACAGGCCACUCUAAUACACCACCGACCGUGCCGCGCAAAAUCGAAAUUCAACGACGAGUCGACUGAGGAAACAAGUGAAAGCAACAGAACAACCAACAUUGACGGAGAUCAAGACUCUCCUCUUACUUCACGCCUGAAAAUUGCAACUCACCAUGUCACACCAUCAGCCUACGUCGCACAUCAUGUCGAGCGGCGACGAGAAACCAUUCCAUCAUUCCCAUUCACCAAUCGAUCACUCGGCACUCAUCCAGUCACGCGAGACCGGCGAUGUAAUUCCCGAUGACACCCCGAUCCAGGGAAAUGUCAAGGCAUUGCCCUUUGCUAAAUCAUGGGUUCACAUGUUUGCUGGCGGUGUUGGAGGUAUGACUGCCGCCGCAGUUACAGCCCCCCUCGAUGUGUUGAAGACCCGAUUGCAAUCCGAUUUCUACCAGGCCCAGAUCCGAGCUCAACGCGAAGCUCAAGCUCAAGUCAUUGGCCGACUAAACCCUGCCCGGGCCGCUCUAUAUCACCUGAACGACACGCUCCAGAUUCUCGGCUCAGUAUAUCGGAACGAGGGUUGGCGAGCGCUCUUCAAGGGUCUUGGCCCUACCUCGGUUGGAGUUGUACCAGCUCGAUCCAUCAACUUCUAUGUCUACGGCAACGGAAAACGCUUAAUAUCUGAGCAUUUCAACAAUGGUGUAGAAGCGCCAUGGGUCCAUCUAUCGGCUGGUGUGGCAGCCGGCGUCAUUACCUCAACGGCUACAAACCCCAUCUGGAUGAUCAAGACUCGGUUACAGCUGGACAAGAAUGUUGCAGCCGGCGGUGCGCAAAUGCGCAAAUAUCGAAACAGCUACGACUGUAUACGUCAAAUCAUCCGGGACGAAGGUAUUCGAAGUCUCUACCGUGGCAUGAGUGCUAGUUACCUCGGUGUGGUAGAGUCAACGAUGCAAUGGAUGCUCUACGAGCAAAUGAAGGCAUCUCUAGCUCGCAGACACAACGCGAUCGUCCGCAGUGGUCGUGAGCUGACUUGGUGGGAUAAGACUGUCGACUGGACUGGAAAGGGUUUCGCUGCUGGAAGCGCUAAGCUGGUCGCCGCUGUUAUCGCCUAUCCCCACGAGGUACUUCAUCGGUUUGAGACAUUGAAAUUUUUCCAGGAUACUGACGAAGAUGAAACAGGUUGCGCGAACACGACUUCGACAAGCGCCUAUGGAGAAUGGACUGCCUAAAUACACCGGUCUUGUCCAAUGCUUCAAGCUUGUCUGGCUUGAAGAGGGUGUCAUGGGUCUGUAUGGAGGUCUGACACCUCACUUGAUGCGAACAGUACCUAGCGCCGCUAUCAUGUUUGCCAUGUAUGAAGGCAUCCUUCGACUGUUCCAUACACCUGCGUAAACCAUUCCAUGAAUGAGCAACGCACUGAUUCGACACAAAGCGAUCAAAAUAUAGGGCGCUACCUCGAACCGAUCCGCUCAUCGAUGUCCUGUAACACUAUCCGACACGAGUCGCUAUGAAGCUUUGAAAGCUUCACAAACACUACUCGCUCUUGUAUCAAUGUACAACACCCAAGGUCUUAAACGAAGCUGGGGCAUGAAGAAUUACGAGAAACUAACAAAGGAGGAGAUGGCGUGGCUAAGGCGUAUUUAUUUUUCGGCGUUUGGCGGGUGGAUGGAUCAGUAGAGAGGGAACUGUAAACACCUACACUCAUGCUUAUGCUCAUGCUCAUGCUCACACAAAGGCCAUGUACGAAAUUAUGUAUAAUAGUAGAGGCGCCUCUAUUUUUGGAUAUCGUCACACAUUGGCGAUAUCGUCCCAAAAUUAUCCUCAUCCUGGAGAAGGAAACUCUCCGAGGAGUGAUGAUUAGAAGCCAAUAUGAAUGAACAUUAAACCA